AUGUCGUUGCCAAUCGCUGUUACUGUCGCUACUGCUGCUAUUGCUGGAAUCGCCGUUGUCGUUGCUAUUGCCGCCACCGUCGCUGUCGUUGCUGCUACCGCUGUAGCUGUAGUUGUAGCCAGGAUUUUCAGCAAGUCUGCUUCGUCCGGGACUUUCGAUUCGAUCGUCUUAGCUCGUCGUAUCCUCGCAGGCUAUCGCCCCCUGUGCUCGCAUACUCCUGGGUAUAUGUAUUCGGUAACAACGCCACAGGCCACUAAGGCAGCACAAGAGAGAGGGACACGUCAACAGCUGCAAGGAGGAUCAAAGAAGCAGGGCUGUACAUACAAUUAA